AACUCUGUGUAUACGGUAAUGUGUAAAUCACGUUUGCGUGCAAAGCCAUUGUUGCAGCAAAGUGCUUAAAAAAUGAGCAGCAUUUAAAGGGAAUAAUCUGUUCAAUAUAACCGCGUAUCACAAAUGACUCUUUGCCAACUUGAGAGUAAGAAGACAAUACAAUCGCUCGCUAAGAAGCUCACAGUCUCACUGGCUGAUAAUCGCUCGUUCACUAGUGCAAUAAAGCAGAAAUGGAGUCCCAGCAGGAAGUGAACCCUGUAUUCCUGCAGCAGCUCAGAGAGUUGGACAUUCCCGAGGAAGCAGCCAAGCAGGCACUCUUACAUACACAGAAUGUGUCUGCAGAGGAGGCCGCAAUGUAUUACUUUAACAAACUAGAGAAUGAGGAAGAGGGCGAUGAGGACUUGAUGUUCAAAAUGGUGUUUGUUGUAAAUAUGGAGCUGUCCAUGGGUGUUGGGAAGAACCUGGGAAUUGAUUUGAGGUCAUGUUUGUGUGUGCAGGUGGAGCCAGGCUCAUGCACUGUGCUGGCCAUCAUAGGUGAAGAGGAGAUGGUGAAUAAUGUCACAGGAAGUCUGAAACUGCUUUGAGGGAACUGCUGCAACGCUGACGGGAAAAAAAACUCAGAUGUACCACAGAAAGAGCAGGGGUCCGAGAUUGCCCACAGCAGCAUGGUUCGCCGCAAAAGGUGCACUCAGUAAUUUUUCUUUCCGUUUUGAUGACUCAUACUGACACCUUGUUGACAUGGAUGCAUCUUUAUGCAAAGGCAAGUGUUUUCUGUUAUUAAUACCAAGGGGUGGGCAAUAUACUGCAUACAAUAGUAUACUGCUAGCAAUUUGACACCCUUUAUAACUAUUGAAGUUUCCUUUCUAUUAUGGUUAUGCCAAUGUUUCCUGCAGUGCUCACUCUCCAGCAUCACAACAAAAGAAACCAUGUUUCACCCCACUCGUGAAUGUGAAUUUGCAAGUUUUAUUUAACGUGACGUGAAACGGCUGUGUAUUGCAAAAUAAUGGCAUGGAAAAGAUCUUUUUAUUGGUUUUGCUUUUGCCAUCUGCUUAACAAACUCAACAUAACCUGUGAUUUAUAUUAGAGUUGACUAACAGAUGACUCGAAUACGCCUGUCCAUUUUUUAAAUAUUCAUCCAAAUGAAUCAAGCGUGAUUGUUUUGUUUAAGAGAAACCCGGGUAAGUUAAAAUGCCGUUAAUCACUACACGAUCAGACAGAGUAAAUUACUUUGGAAAUUUGGAUCAAGCUAAAACAUGUCUUAUAGUUGUGGAUGUGGAAUCCAAAAGGCUUUCAGUAUUGCCAUGAAAUGUUAUCAAAAAUGUAAAAUGGAGUAGAGGCUUCUAAACAAAAACACCAUACUUAUACAACACUUACCUAUGAAUAAAACAGUUACUUUAUAGCUUAACAUAAUAAAAGAUCGAGAGAAGAAAUGAGUCAUAAUCUGCAUUAAUAAAAUUGUGAUAAACCAUUACCUUGUAUUUUCAUUUAAAAAAAUGUAUAUUGUGUAGUAUAUUGAUGUGGACAUUGUUUCUGUUGUAUUUUUGCUUUUAUUGCCCACCCCUUUCAAUUUUAAAUGUAGAAACGCACAGUAAUCCGUUAUUUAUUUAUUUCUCAAGUAAAACACGGGGUGGAAUGUGCAUUACUCGCAUAAACCUGAGUAGUAUUCAGUUGCUAUUGUGAUUUAAAUUUGCGUUUUCAAUAUCCUGAUGAAUUUAUUUUGCGGAACUGGAAGAAAUUACUGAGUGAACCUUGAAACGCCUGCUUAGUUUAACAAACAGACGUGUUCAAAACAUUGCAUUUUUAAUUCUCCUAAUUUGUUUAAAAAAAAAAAAAAAACGACUGAAAUGAUCAAAAGAUCCCUGAAUUUAGAGAUAAAAAAACCGUUCUCUUAGAGGGGAGCUGACAGUGAAAUAGCUGUGUAUAAAAUGUAUAAUGAAUUAUAAUCACAUGUAAGUGUUAUGCUUAAUGUGCCUGUAGAACCCAAAUGUUUUGAUGAUUGUGAAAUCAAAUAGCCAUUGUCAAAGUAAAAUGUAUAACGUUUGUUCUUUUUUUAUUGUGUGAAUAUAUUAUUUUGUAUUGUUUACAAUUAAACGUACCCAAUCCCUUUGUGAUGAUAAAA